CAAACUCAGAUGGAACAAUAAUCGUAGUUUUCCCUGCAGACGCUAGACGUCAGUAGAAGGAUUUCCAGCAGUUUUUUCUCUCUCUGUGUGUGUGUGUGUGUGUGUCCUGUUUUCCGGGUUUUACAGUGAAACUGCAGCAGCUUCACUCUCCUGCUUUAUUUCUCUGUUUAAUCAUCGGGCCAGGAUGUCAGCUGUAAAGAUAACAGAGGGAAGUGUCCAGGUUGAAAUCUGCAAGGCACCACUCUUCUAUAGACAAUGCGAACCUGCGGCUGGAGAAGCGAAGAUGUCAGUUCUACUUCUUCAUGGCAUCCGUUUCUCAUCAGAAAACUGGCUUAACAUCGGCACUCUAGAGACUCUUGCCAAGGCCGGCUGCCGUGCGGUUGCCAUUGACCUGCCAGAACUCGGUCGGUCCAAAUCAGCCAAAGCCCCAGUAGCUAUGGGAGAAUUGGCCCCUGCAGGUUUCCUCCAGGAGGUGUGUGAGCAGCUGAGCUUGACCCCGGUGGUGAUGAUCAGCCCGUCCCUCAGUGGGAUGUAUUCCCUCCCCUUUCUCCUGCAGCACCAGGCCCUGAUACGGGCAUAUGUCCCUGUAGCUCCAAUUUGUACUGACAAAUUCACAGCUGAGCAGUACCAAAGUGUAAAGGUCCCAGCGCUGAUUGUUUAUGGCGACCAGGACACUCAGCUCGGGGAAGUUUCGUUCCGUAACCUGAGCAAUCUGGCCAAUCACAGCGUGGUGGUGAUGAAGGGAGCGGGUCACCCCUGUUAUUUGGAUGACCCUGACACCUGGCACACAUCUCUUACAGACUUUCUUGAUACACUGUGAAGUUCGUAGCUGCAUACAAGUGGAGAAAUGACUCAGAGGGGCCUCACAAACAUUCAUUCAGGUGGAAUUUAGGCCACAAGGUCGUCCUGCAUGACCUGAUUCUGACAGUUUAAUGAUGCCUGCAAAUCAAGUUUGAUCUAACAUGACAGCAGAAGAUUUUUUCCUUUGAAAGUUUAAAUAUUUGCUUCUUUGCUGAGAGCUGCCUGAUUGCAUUGUCAUGUCUGAAGGAAGAAUAUGAGGGAAACUAACAUCAAGCUUCCUGUAAAGAACAUAAUGUCACACAUUUGCAUUUAAACCUUUACACAAAGGUUCAA